AUAAUUUUAAACCGACUGACCUUCGAGUAACACUCGUUCUCCAAUAGCUCUGCAGCCGACCAGUCUGCGUUAACGGCUUGAGGUUUAUUUCUGAAUUGCUCGGCGACGGAAUCACACACAAUUUUCAUUUGAUUGAUUACAGUAGUUCGUCAUUUUACCGGAUUUUAAUUAAGUAUGGUUUUCUGUUUGUUUUUCAUUGUUUACUAAUGUAGUAUGAAUGUUUGACGCGGGUAUUUUAUAUCAAAUAUUAAACAGUACCUGUCUAUUGUAAUAAUUGAAAUAGGUAAUUAAUUUAAAAUUUCAAAAUCAAGUGCUUUUUAUACUUUAUACAGUGAAUAUCAGAAAAAUUUCAUUUUCAAAAUAAAAUAUUUGAAGAACCGGAUAAAAUGGAAGAGUGGUUGAAAAUAACACUAUGUGUAAGUUUGUUUGCAACUUUUCGGGACUUUCGACCAGUGGAUUCAUUUUAUACAUCAUAUUUAACCAGUCCAGCCGUAAAUUUUACUGCUGAGCAAGUGACCGAAGAUAUUUAUCCGAUAAAUUCGUACGCAACUACGAGUCUAAUAAUUAUUAUGUUUCUUGUCACAGACUAUGUUCUUUAUAAGCCAAUUGUGAUGCUGGACGCUUUAAGUUCAAUGGUGAUGUUUUUGUUAGUUUUGGAACCUGUAACUCUCUUCAAAUCAAAACUAAGUAUGGUAUUUUUGGGUCUAACGUCUGCAUCCGAACUAGCAUACAUGUCAUACGCGUACGCAAAGAUCCGUGACCGUAAGUUAUACCAAAAAAUGACUGGAAUUGUAAGAGGUUCAAAUCUUUUGGGAAAAUGUUUAUCGUCCACAUUUGCUCAAAUUGCAGUUUCAGUUUUACACAUUGAAUAUGGGUUACUCGUAUAUAUUUCAUUAGCGGGUUCCAUCGUAGCCUUAGCUUUUUCAUUUUUUCUUCCUCCAGUAAAUGUAAGUAUAUAUUUUCAUCCUGAAAGUCCUAAAACUGCCAAGCCGAAAGUCAACUACAGUACAUUUCACAAUCACUGCCAUAAAGACCUUGGACCGUGUUUGGUUGAAAAAUCUCCAAAGCCUGUUCGUGUAGUAUUUGAUCAGCUGUACUCAGAAUUGAGGGACGCGUACACCAAUCCGUAUCUACUCAAAUACGGUAUAUGGUUUGCCUUCGCCACCGGAGUCUACUUCCAGGUGAUGACGUACAAUGACGUUCUUUAUUUGAAAUUGAACGAACGCAAUCCGGUCAACAACAAGUUGUACAAUGGUGGAGUUGACGCUUUGGCUUUCAUAAGUGGUGCAUUGUCUUCAUACUUCAUAGGGUUUCUGAAGGUUAAUUGGAAAUCCACAAGUGAUUUAUUCUUCUUUGUUGGCUCACUUUUGAGCUGCAUAACGCUGUGUGUGUGCUACGUGACAACAUCAUUAAAUUUGGUAUACAUAAUGUACAUUAUGUUCUGUUUCGUAUUCCAAUCGAUGAAUGUUGUGGCCAGGUCCGAAACAGCUAAAAAUUUGAAGCAUGACAGUUUUGCUUUCAUUUUUGGUGUCGUGUUUUUUAUUUCAUUAGUUGUGUCAAGUGUCUUUACAUAUUUAUUUGUUCAAGGUACUAUUGUUGCGGUCCCGGUAAACGUACAGUUUUUCGCUGGUUCCGGGAAAGCCGGCAGAGGAGGAGACGCGAACGCGCGCGCGUCUGGCGAUGGAAAUCCUCGAGUACAAUACAAACAAUGUAAUAAUUCUUUGGGCGAGUCACCCCCGUUCCGGUGCCGUGGAGGAAGCGUUGAAUCUGGCAAAUAAAAGCGAACUGGGGCCACUGAAACAACACCGCGGGAAUGGUAAUGUGCGAGCUUUUGACGAGAACAUUAAAAUAUAUUCGCGCAUUCACACACAACGUUUCCGGAGAUAUCUGCAGUCGUGCAAAUGUGUACAUUAUAUUCUAUAUAAUAUAAUAAUAUGUAUAUUACUAUAGGUGUAUAUGUAUGUAUAUGUAUAUGUGUAUAUGUGUGUAUGUAUUUAUUUAUGAUUUAUACAUCAUGCAACGUGUUGGGGUCCAAAAUAUAUACGGGGUGAUUUACCAAACGUGCUCACCCCUUUUUUGUCCUGUAAUUAUGCGGUGAUUCAGAGUUAUGAUUUUUAUAUACUAUAUUAAAAUAUAGAUAUACGACUUAAAGAGUAAAUUGUUAAGUACUUAAAGUGUUUGUGCUAUUUAAGGAUUAUUCUGCAGUGAAGACGUUACAA